AUGCAUUCACGUUAUUAUCAAUUCCUCGGGAGAGUGAAGAAGCUAGAGACCGCCUCCAUCUUGAGUUCUUUCAGUGCUCUCUCCGUCACAACGCUGUGCAUAGCACUUCCGCUGAUGUACAACAAUGUACAAACAACCAUCGAGUACGUAGAACAGGAAAUGGAGUUUUGCGAAGUGAGUUCUGUUGAUUCUGAAAUAUGGACGGUCGACAAUAAUUCUGGUUUCCAGCGUUCAAACCAAGAAGCGCUGAUUGAACUUGAAUACGGAAAAAUGCCCCUCAAUCGUACCCAACGAAGUGCAUAUGGUCGUAAAGGAGCGGCCUAUGGCGAUGAAGUGACAGGAACCCCUCUCGAGACAGAAUGUCCCGGUUGCUGCAUCCCUGGCCCACCUGGUCCUCGUGGCCCUUCUGGUACACCAGGUACGCCGGGCAAACCGGGACAAGCAGGUAAGCCUGGAAUGCCUGGAGUCACCCCUAAUCAAACGUGCCCAAUGAAUAUCAUGCGCGAACCGCCUCCGUGUCGUCCAUGUCCGAAGGGACCUCCUGGAAUCAAGGGCUGGCCUGGAUUUCCAGGAGAUGUCGGUCCUCCUGGACCACCUGGAGAAAAAGGACUAGAUGGCGAGGAUGGCGCUCCUGGAGAGCCAGGACCGAAGGGACCACCUGGUUAUAAAGGAGGGCCUGGAGCUCCUGGAGACAAGGGACCAACACCCGAAGGAGAGCUUCGUGAAGGACCGCCCGGAGACGAGGGACCGCCUGGUCCCAUUGGAGCCAGUGGAAUGCCCGGAUUACCCGGCCGCAGCGGAAUGACAGGCCCACAGGGAGAACGAGGAUGGCCUGGUGUACCUGGUGAAACUGGCGAGCCAGGAUACCCAGGACCGGAAGGACCUAUGGGAGGACAGGGACCACCUGGAGAACCAGGCGUUUGCGUGUGCCAAAACGUUGACUCCAUUCUGCUUGUAAACCCCGGACCACAGCCGCGACUUCAAACCGACGAUGACAACCGGUCGCUGCCCUCCACUAACUUCGCGGGUGCUGGUGGCUACGGUGGUAAACGAUAA